CAGCAGCAUGAGGAGGCGGUAUAUAGGGGCCCAUGGCAGAUUAGGGGCCUGGCAGCAGCUAUGGGAGGCCCGUAAUCUGCCAGCACCCUAUGACAAAAAAAUGGAACACACCAGCAGUGUGAGGAGACCUGAAAGUGGCACAUGGCAGAGUGUGGCGAUGUGAGACAGCAGCAAUGGAGGCCGUACAGGGACCCAUGAGAGACUCUGGACCUGGCAGCAGCAUGGCAGAGUGUGGCGAUGGAGACAGCAGCAAUGGGAGGCCGUACAGGGACCCAUGAGAGACUCUGGACCUGGCAGCAGCAUGA